AGGGUACAAUAUCACAAAAAUUGUUUCAAAAUGGAAUCUAAGUGAAAUUAGUCAAAAUAUCAAUUUUUAACUGGUAUUUUACAUAAAAGAUUUGUGAUUUUAAAGAUUAAGGAUAUGUUACGGAUAUGCCUAUUAAAUACAUAAAUAGAAAUAUCCUUACUCUUGAUUAAGUAUAUGUACAUAAAUAAAUAUAUAUUUAACUGUUUUUCUUAUUUGUUAUUGGCACAAAUUAAACGGGCACUCAAUAAUUGUUCUGGUAGUAGUUGGCUGUGGUUUUCUCAUUCGAGCGUGAACUUAAGGCUGUUGAUAUGUUCGUAUGGUUUGAUGUCAAUGUCAUCAAAAAACAAAAACGCAUAUUAAUUUUGAAAAAAUCCAAUUUUAAAUUGUAAAAAUGCACAAAAAAGUAUGCAGCAAGAGGGAGAUUCACCGCUGUUAUGUAAUCUGUCUAUAAUGAUUAUUGAACCCCGCUAAUUCAAAAUUUCAACGAUCAGGAUCAGAUAGUGUCAAGGAAAUUAGUAAGUAAUUACUACGGCUCUCUACAGAACUAAAGACCGGCCAAAGUCAGUAUUCUCCUUUUCGUUUAAAUAAAUAUAAACAUUUUGCUCGUUUUACAUUUACACAUUUCAUCAAAGAAGAAAUACUGUGGGGAGAGACAAUUAUACAAACGCACUUAUUUAGUAGACAAUUAUUUAGUCGCGCUAUUUAGUGGCGCUUCUAAACUUUCACACGUACUCAACUAGCCAGACCCCCAUCCGGAAACUAUUCGUCCAAAAAUGAUAAUCGAGAUAAAAAUGCACACUAUGUAAACCCCAGUACAGUUCGAAUAGAAGUCUGUCGUUUUUACACUAUAACAUUUCAUUUUAAUUGAAUUUCCCUCUUAUGUGUGGUCCAAAAAUUCUUUAUAUUGGUGUUUUUGUGUGUUAUUAAAGGCGUUUCUUUCUUAAACUUCCUACAUUUAAACAGGUCUUGGUUUCUUUUAUAAAAAAAGAAGAAAUACUGAUUCAUCUCCAAAGUUGGCAUACUACACUAAAACGUUUCCCUGUUCUCACACCGAGCAAAUGACUACUAAAGGACUUGUAUUCUCUAUGAAUAUCCUGUACGCCUCCGAUUUGUAGGAUGCUUGUUAAGGGAAUCCUGAGGAUAAAAAAAAAGAGACUAAAGCCCGCCUCUCUGCCAGCGUUCUUUGCAAAUACUGGCAGUUGUUAAUCCUUUCUCUUAAUAUAGAAGCAUUGCGGUAAGAAAUUCGCCACAAAAACACUUCCAAAUCCAGAAAGAGUGUAUUCCCCCACUGUAUGUUCAAAUUCUACAGCUCAUACCGUACCUAACAAUAUUUUAAAUGCGAAAUAUAGUGAAUCUGCACAAAGGUUCACUCAAGCCAUCAUUAACUUUUGCAUUGCAUCUUUUUAUACCUCUCAUUGAAAAGAGCAAACCAAUUUUGUCGGCAACACCCAUUAUCAAUUAGUCAUUUGUGUGUAUCUAAGCAACCAUAAUUAAAUGUCGCUGAUUGUCAAUGUCAGAUAUUUUUGAAAGCGGCGUACGAAACUCAGUUUGUAAACGAAUAACUGGUGAAACUUAUCGCUGAUCUUAAAAAUCGAGAUUUAACAGAAAAUUGGAGCCCCUAAUUGGAUAUGCGUUGCCCAUCAGUAGGGGAUGUUGUGGCAGUAGUUUGCAUGGGUACUAUCUUUGUCCUUUUAGGACUCUAUGGCUAUUACGUAAUGGUACCCGUUCUUAAAUACCUGCCUCUAUAUGUUGUUUCUGUUAUUAAAAUAACUCACGAUAUAUUUUCAAAGGAACCGUUGAGAACUUUCGACUCAAUGCUGUUGCCAUAUAUGUUCCAUCCAAAGGUAAAUGAAAAAACCUAUGCCACAAAGAACCUACUUUCCUGCCCAAAGAAAGGUAAAUAUGUUCAGCUUGUGGUAGUGAUUCCAUCGGCACCAUAUCGCGAAAGUGCUCGCAUGUCCAUAAGACAGACAUGGGGACGCUUUGGAAUUAGAAAAGAUAUAUCGAUAUUUUUCUUAAUUGGCAAAACGUAUACUAAAAAAACUGAGAAAAACGUCGAUAAGGAAUCGCGCCUAUAUAAAGACAUUUUGAUGGGAAAUUUUCACGACAAAUAUGAAAACUUGCCCCUUAAAAGUGUAACUAUGUUAAGAUGGGUAAGGGAUCACUGUCCGUCAGCCAAAUAUCUACUGAAAAGCGAUGACGAUGUGUUUGUUAAUAUACCACGUUUGCUUAAAUUUAUAAAAAAAUUAAACCCAAAGAAACGGGCCAUUUAUGGUCGUAUACACAAAAACGCCAAACCCGUUCGCAAUCCUAAAGGAAAGCAUUACUUACCCUAUAAGGAAUACAAAGACAAAUUAUUACCGGACUUUGCCAACGGACCGGCUUACCUGAUACCUGUCUCUGUGGUAGAUGAAUUAUAUCAAGCUACGUUGUACCACCAAAUAAUUAGACUGGAAGAUGUGUUCUUGACUGGCAUAGUAGCCAGUAAUCUAGGCAUUGAAAGAAUUAACAAUUACGAAUUUCGAUCUGAGAUUACCAAGUUAUGGUGCCUUCUUCAAAGAUCUAUUGCGAUUCACAAGGUUCCUGAACUCAAGCUAUAUGAAUAUUGGGAAGACACUUUUUAUGCCAAAAAAAUGUGCGACAGAUUCAACUAAAUUUCUUU